AUGGGAGCCAACGACUCCGCAGGCCGCGAGAGUGCUUUCGCCCAAAGCCCUGGUCGCCCAGUGCGUGCCGGUGGAGCUGCCGACGAGUCAAGAUCCGAACACACAUCUUCUGGCGCUGUACUGGACCCCAACGAAGGCGGCGAAGCAGUCUCGAGAGACACCAAGCGAGGAAGAGGACAGCAAGAGGUGGUUCAGGAAGAGCAGGCACAAGAAGAAGACGAGCAGCUCGAAGGCAACGACGAACUGGGUCCCGAUCCAAUGGGUGAAUCCACUGCCAACGAACUCACAAUCCUCGAGCAAUUCGACAAGCAAGAAGUUACAGCCGUGCCUUUUGAGCCCGAACCCGUUUCGCGUGACGAAUACCUCAAGCUCGGCCAGGGAGGUGCUACUAUCGCUGCUGGAAACUUUGCCGGUGUUAUUGAGGAUCGCAUCAAGAUUGUCGCCGAAGCUCAGCAAGACGAGUUCCGCUACGCCCCCGACAUUGCUAAGCGCAUGAUCAAGGGUGAACUUGUGUCAUUCAAGAACGAGGAGGAGAAGGCAGCGGUUCUUGCAACUGUCAAGAAGGAGGAUUUCAAGUUCUCUGCCCUCUCUUCCAACAGCCAGACUGUCAUGUUCGACAAGUUUGUCCGUGGCGCAUACCCUAACCUCAAGGCCGCACCACACAAGAACAAGGUCUUGAACGAGAUCGCCCGCACCAUUUCGCGCAACUCUACAUAUCUCGACAAGGACUCGACCAAGCUUCUCAGAAAGAUCGGUAGCCUCUUGCCUUCAGAGGCCGCUGCGCGCAAGCCCGCCGCCGGCUCUAGAAAGUGA